CCGUGUUCAACUUCUCUAGGACAACACAGUUCUCUGACAAUGGACAAGGCUACUGCACCUCCUCCUUACCCCGGUCCUCCCCAGGACGCCUCCUAUCUGGUCGGUCCUGUCCAGCAAGCUCCACCCGUACCCCUGCCACAGAAAGAUCCCUACAUUCCUACAUCCACGAUGGCCACCCCUCAGUAUGUGGCGUCUCCCCAAACAGUUCACACUGUCCACGCAGUUCAAGCUCCUGUCGUUACCCAGGUGGUGGUGGUCCAGCCUGCUCUGGGGGAGGUGCCAGGCCAGACAAAGUGCCCACACUGCCAGCACACGGUGGUCACACAGACCCAGCAUGAGCCUGGAGUCCUGGCCUGGAUCAUCUGUGCAACUCUGGGCAUUUUGCUGUAA